AUGUUCACUCAACACAGCGAAGUGUAUCACUUCGAUGAUAACGAAGAAGACGAUAUUGACGUCGACAAUGGUAGCGACCGCGGGCACUCUCACCGUUUCCCUCACCAUCACCACCACUUCCAUCCUCCCCAUCAAGUCCAAAACGACAACCACGUUCACUACUUUACGUUUGGCGAUACUAGUGAGGCCCCGCCUUCGCGCGAUCCUCCCAAUCACACAGAUGUCUUCUUAUUUCAUCGCAGCAACAGUUCGAGACUCCGUUUUGUUGAUCUACACGACGUUGUCGCCUAUGUUCUACAAUCGAUUGGCCUAAACGAUGCGGUCGCAGGUCGCGGUGCGACGUCCGCAGCGGCAGUUGCUGCGGCCGCCCAGCUCCCUCUGGACCGUUCUCAUGCUAUCGCGACUGCCCUGGACAGUGCCUGGUUUGAAUCACGACGCGCAUCGGCCAGCAUCAUGCCAGAGGAUGACGGCGCUGAUGGCAGGCAACCGUCCAUUCCACGUGAUGUUCCACCAGGAUCUGAUCAGCAAGCAAGAGGCACCGCCGCCGUUGAGGCCCUCUUGCCGCCCUUAGCGGGAAUGCUCCGUGCCUUAGCAAACCGGAUUGACGGCACUGAGGUCCCAGCUCUUUUCGACGGCACAGGACAACAGCAGGGACAGGAGCUUUUUAACCAGUUUGGCUCCCUUGCCGCUACUCUGGCAUCCACCGGUGCAUUAGUGUCCACCCUGUUGCCCUCAGAAGGCACACAACAAACUGGAGAUCAGGCAGCAGAGCCCCAAGCGGAGAUGAGGCCCAGCGGACCAGAUACUAACACCAACCGUAACGCGCAGGGAAUCGAUAGGAGCAACAGCGAGCUGCGUUCUACACGGAUCAAUGGCACAAGCGCAGAAAACAGAGAGGGGCCGCAGACACCGAGGCACUCGUCGGGUGGUAACAAUGCAUCGCGCCCUCCAAGAAAUGCGCAAACUCGUUCUUCGAGAGCGACUGACUCCGAACCGCCGAGACCCCGUCUCGGCAGGAGCAAUCCGAGCACUGCGUCCUCCGUGAGUGAAGGGCUGGCUGCGAACGGGGAUUUUGUGCUGCGAAUGCUAUCGUACUACCUUCGCUCCAUAUCACCUGCUCCUACAAAUGGAAUGGGGCCUCUUGCGACGGAGGGCGCUACUGCGGAUUCUGUGCUUGACAACGUAUACGGGAGCGGAGCUCGGCCAAGGCCUGAAGAUUGGUGGCUUCGUGUAAUCCAAAUAGUCAUGCGAAACCUUACUCCGCAGCAGUUUCAUAGAGUGCUAUCUGGUGACUUCAGGCCGCUGAAUUCGCUCGAAGUUGACAUUUGGGAUGUCAUCUGUGAAAAUGUAGUUGGGUGUAACCCAACACGUGAGCGUGGUGAUAUACCAUUCAGGAGUAUAUUUACUGACACGGUUUGCGAGGCACUGCAUACUCUCACUCAUGAGAUUGAGGAGUAUCACGGCAUUAGCGCUGGACUCAGCGGAGGUGAGAGACUCGCCAAUUUGUGUUCGCAUGUAAUGCCUGUUGUGGAGGAUAAGAUGGACGAUUUAUCAAUGUUGUUGACCUGUCAGCGCGAGAAUUCUGAGUUUGGACAAGAUCUCUUGAAUCUGUUAAAAUCGACAUGGGGUGAGCUAUCGAACAUCCUCGCCCGAGAUUUACAGGUUGACUGGCAAGCAUUGCUCGCAAUUCUCCGAGCAGCUCUUCAUGCCGUGGGCAAACAGGUGGUAGGGGAGUCAUUGGCGGUUCUAUUUCCGACAUUCGCAAAUUUAUUUUCGAGCCGUGCAGAGUCCGUUUACAACGCGUUCAGAGAAAAUCCAGAAAUUUCCGAUCCAAUUUAUCAACGGGCUCGACGCAGCGAGGCCGUUCUCACGCGCAGUGCGGGUUCCGACCGAGGCGGCGCGGUGAUGCGUCAGAGAGCUUUCACAGAUACUACCGCCCAUGACGCAGAAGAUCUUACCGACGGCGAUCUAUCCGACCUCCUUGACGUCAGUGCAGCUGAGUUUAGCGAAGACAUGUCGGACGGGGACGGCUCUUCUUGUUGUCGUUCCGACGCAGAUCGAGAGGGACAGGCCAACGCGCUUCAUGCGAACCGCCCCCGGAUGGCUGCAAAUGACAGUGAUGUGGAACUUACAACUGAAGAUUUUGAUGAUCUUGCUGCCCAACUUGAUGCGGAAUAUGCAGGCGCGUCCGACGAAGUGCCACGAGCAAACACUAUUCCCGCCCCAAGCGCCGAGGAUAUGGAUAUAAUUGCUCGUGAACUUGAAAAAGAACAUGCAAAUUCUAACCCCAGCGCAUCAUCGACUUCGGAAAAACCGACGCGCAUCCCAACAACAGGCGUGAAGAGAAUGGCAGGAAUGUCUUCGUUAUUAGCAGCAUCAAUGAGCAGACCUGGUUUUGCCCCUGGUCUCGGAGUAGGUGGCGGCGCAGGGGCCGCUGCAAUGAACAGAACAACAUUUUCGACAGCGAGAUCUGUCCCUCGAACGUCAAGAGGCCAACCAUCAAUGAUACCCCGGGAUGACUUCGAGACAGUAUUGGGUCCACAAGAUGGAAAGACGUGGCGGCGAGUCGUUCAUGGAGACGAGGCCAAGGUCCGCUCGUCUGUGAAAGGGCCCUUAAGUAGGGGUUAUCAGAAUAAGAAAUCCUCAGUACCGUCCCUAACCCUAGAGACAGCUGCAGUAAUGGCUGUGGAGGAUGCCAAGGCUGCAGCAAGGGAAGCGCAACUAUCUGGAGAGGCUACUGAACAGCUUGUCAACGUUGUGCGAGAAAAUCGAUCGAUGUAUUUACAAGAACUCGAAAAUGCUAUUAGCUCAAGAUUAGCCACAGACCCCGACUUUGAUCGGGAAACAUUUCCGAACGCCGCCGCAAGAUUUUCCAAACCGGGCUAG